AUGUUCGCGCGUCAUCUGGCCAUGAACGCCCCCGCAGGCGUCAACAUCAUCGAUGCCAAUGACUUCAAAGUCUGGAAGCUGGGUCUUGCUGGUGCUCCAGGAACUCUCUAUGAUGGUGAAAAGUUCCAGCUCGAGUUCAACUUUGGGCCAAAUUAUCCUCUAGAAUCCCCUCAGGUUCUCUUCGUCGGCGAUAACAUACCCGUUCACCCACACAUUUACAGCAAUGGUCAUAUUUGUCUGGAUGUCCUCUACAACCACUGGAGUCCGGUUCAGACGGUAGCAUCGAUAUGCCUUUCCCUUCAAUCGAUGCUGUCGAGCUGCACGAGUAAGGAACCUCCACCAGAUAACGCCACCUACGUCAAAACCGCCAGAGCCAACCCCAAGCACACCGCCUGGGCCUUUCAUGACGACACCGUUUAG